AUGUCCAUGUUCGGGAAAGCCUGUCGGAUCCGUAACCCGGCCUUGUUUAUCUGCGAUAUUCAAGAGAAAUUCCGCCCCGUCAUCCAUGAGUACUCGAAACUCAUCUCCACAACCGACAAAAUGCUCAAAGCAGCCUCCACCCUCCAAAUCCCCUUAUUCGUGACCACCCAGAACCGUGCCCGACUAGGUGAUACAGUCUCCGAAUUACAACCGCACCUAGCAGGUCCCAACCUUCGCGCCAACGUCGACAAGACCUACUUUUCCAUGGUCACGCCGGAGAUCUCUUCUCUACUCAACGUGGAGGGUGAGGAGAAGUUGGAUGUUAUAAUUGUUGGUAUCGAGACGCAUAUUUGCGUUACGCAGACGACGCUUGAUCUUCUAUCAAAUGGGAAUAGGGUUUAUAUUCUCGUGGAUGGAGUGAGUAGUGUCAAUCCCGAGGAAAGAGGGAUUGCCUUGGAUCGAUUGCGGGAUGCCGGUGCGAUCAUCACUACGAGUGAGAGUAUUUUGUUUGAGAUUUUGAAGGAUGCGAAGCGGCCUGAGUUUAAGGCUAUUAGUGGGCUGGUGAAGGAGACCAAGGAGGAAACUAAAAGUGCUCUUGGGGCAUUUUCUAAGAUUUGA